ACUAAAUACUUUUGUUUCAUACUAAUGGAUAAUGUCCUGGGCUCAAACGUUGGGGUAGCUGUUGGCCGUACAUCCUGUAGUACAGCUCUAAGCGCAGGCGUCUCUGUAGUCAUGGAAACGGCACCACGCACUCCAACAAAACUCUCCUGCGUGUGUUUUUUGGAAGCACCGAGUGUUUCAUUUUAAUUAUUGUUUUAAUAAUUGAAAUGAUUCCCCCAGUCGACUCGCUACUGAAGUACGACAAUCCUGUUCUGGUGAGCAGGAACACAGAAAAGAAAUCAUUCAAGGCCAGGAACUUGAAAGCAAGCCUCCAGUUGCCCGCUGUAACUGGGCCAGUCCCCCCAAAACCUAGGAGCCCCACCGUUGAUUCUAACAGGCAGCAAACCGAGGAGGUACUGGACAUCAUCCUGCCGCCCAGGGAAUGGACGGAGAAUGACCAACUGUGGAUCCAGCGGGUUUCCAGUGCACCCUGCACACGCGUGGAUGUGAUACACCUCCAGGAACAGCUGGACCUGAAGCUACAGCAGAGGCAGGCUCGGGAGACGGGCAUUUGUCCCGUCCGCAGACAGCUGUACUCCCAGUGCUUUGAUGAGCUGAUCCGACAGGUGACCAUCAACUGCGCCGAGAGGGGUCUUCUCCUGCUUCGUGUCCGGGACGAGAUCCGCAUGACCCUGGCCGCCUACCAAACGCUGUACGAGAGCAGUGUGGCGUUUGGCAUGAGGAAGGCCUUGCAGGGAGAGCAGGGCAAAUCUGAUAUGGAGAAGAAGAUUGAGCAGCUGGAGAAAGAGAAGAAAGAACUGGAGAGGCAGGUGAACGAGCAGCGGGCCAGAUGCGAGGCCGUGGAGAAGCGGGAGGCCGAGCGGCGGCAGGCCGACGAGAAAAAGCACUCAGAGGAGAUCCAGUUCCUCAAACGGGCCAACCAGCAGCUUAAGGCCCUGCUUGAUGGACUGGUAGCUCCAAAAAAUUAAACUGAUCUGAAGCAAAAGGUCUGUCUUUAAUUCCACCAGCCACUGUUUACAUUUCAAAUAAAUCAGAACAUCAUACAACGUUCAGUUUCCACUUCCUGUUAAUAAAUGAGGCAUGUUUUUUUCUCCA